AUGGUUCUUCCUCACCUCUUUGCCCGUCACAAAUCCAAGCGAUCCACUUCAUCCAAAGAGGAUUCGAAGAAGACUUCAUCGCCAAAAAGUCCUCCUCCAUCGACGGAGACCCUUCCUUCUCGGUCGUCCUCGACUUCGACGUCUUCGUCUCGCCACACCCCCAGUCAUCAUCCUCAUCAUCUUCGCUCUCCCUCCACACCCACCGCCGACUCCCGUUCCUCUUCCUCAUCAUCUAUUCAUCCACCGUCCUCUCAUUCCUCGAGAUCGUCCAAAUCCAAGUCGAGAUCCCACACCUCCGCUAAAUCCAAAUCUUCCUCGUCCAAGGACGCCGCCGCCGCCGCGAGGUUCAGUUUCCCUGCUUCCCGGCUCUCCUCCACCUUCGAUCGUUACUCGCACGAUCCCGACUUUCAUCCUUUGAAUCUUCACCCCGACGAGCUACGUCGUUUAUCCGCCAUGGCUUCUGCCGCCGAUCGCAGUUCGAUGGAUAUCGAUUCGCCUGCCUCUCCUUCCCAGAACAUCAAUGGUGUGAACGGCGUUCAGACUGACCGGACUCCUACCCCGCCGCCGCACAAGUCCAAUGGCUCGGUCGCCGAAGCCGACUCAUUCAAAUUGGCGGGCAAUAAAUUUUUCAAGGACGGAAAUUACAAUCGCGCAAUUGAAGAGUUCACCAAAGCCAUUGAAAUCAACCCCAGUUCCUCCAUCUACCUCUCCAACCGGGCUGCGGCAUAUCUCUCUGCCAACCGCUACCUCGAAGCGUUAGAAGAUGCCGAGCGCGCACUGGAGCUCGAUCCCGACAACUCCAAGAUCAUGUACCGCCUGGCCCGCAUUCUGACUGCGCUGGGGCGUCCGUCCGAGGCUCUCGAGGUUUUAUCCCGUGUUCAGCCCCCCGCCUCUGCGACCGACCGUGCCGCUCCAGAAAAGAUGCAGCGCUUCAUCAAACAGGCCGAGGAAACCUUGGCGGAAGAUCGAGGUGUGUCGAUGGUGCUAUUCUGCAUUGAGCAGGCACGGCAGCUGCUGGGCCGUGGAGUCAAGGAACCCCGCAAGUGGACUCUUCUGACCGCCGAAGCACAACUGAAGAUGGGCAGCGAAAACUCGUUUAGGAAAGCGCAGGAUAUCGCCAUUUCUAUGCUCCGUGAGAACAACCAGGACCCUGAUGCCCUCAUGAUCCGUGCUCGUGCGUACUACGGCUUGGGAGAAUCCGAACAAGCGCUGAAAACGCUCAAGAUGUGUCUGGGUCUGGAUCCCGACAUGAAGCCGGCGAUCAAGAUGCUGCGCACUGUCCAGAAGCUCACCCGCACCAAAGAGGAAGGAAACAAUGCUUUCAAGGCCAAGGAUUACCGCAAGGCUAUCGAGCUGUGGUCCGAAGCGCUUGAGGUGGACCCUCAGAACAAGGACAUGAAUUCCAAGAUUCUGCAGAACCGAGCUCAGGCAUACAUCAACCUGAAGGAAUACGAGAACGCCAUCAACGAUUGCAAUGAGGCUCUGAAAUUGGAUCCCUCGUACGUCAAGGCGCAGAAGAUGCGCGCCAAGGCCUACGGUGGCGCCGGCAAUUGGGAAGAGGCGAUCCGCGACUACAAGGCGGUGGCCGAGGCCAACCCCGGUGAGAAGGGCAUCCAGGAGGACAUUCGCCGCGCAGAGUUUGAGCUGAAGAAGGCUCAACGGAAGGACUACUACAAGAUUCUGGGUGUCUCCAAGGAUGCAUCUGAGUCGGAGAUUAAGAAGGCCUAUCGCAAACUCGCCAUCCAGUACCACCCCGACAAAAACCGGGAUGGUGAGGCCGGCGACGAGAAGUUCAAGGAGAUUGGAGAGGCCUACGAGACUUUGAUCGACCCUCAGAAGCGCGCUGCCUACGACAAUGGCGACGAUCUCAUUGACCCUGCUGAAAUGUUUGCCGGCCGUGGCUUCGGUGGCAUGGGCGGCAUGGGCGGCAUGGGUGGUAUGGGUGGUGCCACUCACAUCAACAUCGAUCCCAGCGUUCUCUUCAACAUGAUGAACGGCGGUGGAGGAUUCGCCUCGGCCGGUGGCCAUCCUUUCGGCGGCCACCGCCAGUCUCAGGGCUUCCCUGGUGGAUUCCCUUUCUAA